GUCAGCUUCCAUCAUUUUCAGGAGUUUUUCCUCAUUGUUUUCGAAAUGGCUGAAGAUAUUCUAUAUAAAGCAGAGUACGCUAAAUCUAACAGAUCUUCCUGUAAACUAUGUAAGGUCAAUAUCGGGAAAGAGUCACUUCGUGUGGCGAAAAUGGUCCAGUCGCCGCACUUCGAUGGGAAGGUUCCAAACUGGUUCCACUAUUCCUGCUUCUUCAAGAAAAUAAAACCAGCAUCUGUCAGUGAUAUAGCUGGGGUUGAUUCACUCCGGUGGGAAGACCAAGAAAAGAUUAAAAAUAAUGUUGGUGGAGCAACUAAGAGUGGAGCAGCUUCAUCUUCCACAAACACAACAAAGCUAAAGGAAGAUAAAGAUUUGAUUGCAGAAUAUGCUAAAUCAAGCAGGAGCUCCUGCAAAGGAUGCGAAGAAAAGAUUGAAAAAGGUGAACUUCGUCUUGCUAAAAUGAUGGAGCCUUCAGCGGAAUCCAAUGCACCAAUGGGAAUUGGUCUGAUUCCUCGAUGGCACCAUGUUGACUGUUUCGUAGAAGAAUGUGAGAACUUAGAGGUAGACUCUAGUAUUACAGCAGAAUGCUUUACGGGAUUCAAUAAGCUUGAAAAGACAGAUCAAGAUAUGUUGAAAAAGAAACUUGGAGCUUCGAAAGACAAGAAAAAAUCAUCUGGGAAGGGAAAGAAACGGAAGGUGGAAGAAGAGGAAAAACCACAGAAAAAGCAAAAGACUGCUGAAGAAGAAGCUGAAGAAAAAGCAUUAAAGGAACAAAGUAAAUUGGUAUGGAAGAUAAGAGAUGAAUUAAAUGAUAAUUGCCCUCUUAUGGUUCUGAGACAAAUGCUAGAAGAUAAUGGACUCAGUUCUCAGGGUGGAGAAGCAUCUCUUCUUGAUCGCUGUGCUGAUGGCAUGGCUUUUGGAAGACUUCUUCCCUGUGAGGAAUGCAACAAUGGAACCCUUGUUUACAGACAUGACUGCUAUGGCUGUACAGGCAAUAUGUCAGAAUGGACAAAGUGUAUGUUUGUUACUCAAGACCCUAAAAGAGCAAACUGGGUUAUUUCAAAGGAACUGAAGGAGGAGGUGGAAUACUUGAAAAAAUUCAAAUUUGUCAAGAGAAAAAGACUCUUCCCAAAGGCUUCUGCCUUGGCCUUGGCACAGAAAGCUGAUGGUUCUGAAACAGCUUCAUCGAAUUCAGCUCCUCCUGAUAAACCUCUAUUCAACCAGAAAAUAGCUUUAAUUGGAAAACUCAAGAAGAGCAAGGCAAAUAUUACUGAGGUGAUUGAAAGCCUUGGUGGAAAGGUUGUGGAGAAGGUCAGCAAUAAUGUGAGCUGUUGCAUUAGUUCUGCAGCUGAAGUAAACAAACAAAGCAAAAAGAUGAAAGACGCAGAGUCUGCAAACAUACCUGUUGUGUCAGAAGAAUGUCUUGAUGCUGUUAAAAGUGGUGGCGCCGUGUUAAAGAUAUCACAGCACAGCAUUGCACCCUGGGGUAACAACAAGGGAGUCAGUACAGUUGAUGGACCUCCUCCUUCACUCAAGAAAAAGUCGUCAAGCUCUCAUUUCCCAGCAGGUGAUAUAGAAAAGAAGAUUAAGUUAUCAGUGAAAGGAGGAGCUGCAGUUGACCCAGAAUCAGGUAAAGAGGACUCCUGUCACGUGCUUCAAGUCAAAGGAGACAUCUACAAUGCCAUAUUAGGACUAGUAGACAUCGUGAGGGGAACCAACUCCUACUACAAGCUUCAAAUCCUUGAGAAAGAUCAUGGACCAAAGUGCUAUUUAUUUCGUUCUUGGGGACGCGUAGGUACAUCUAUUGGAGGGAACAAGCUAGAGAGUUUUUCACGUGGUGAAGCGAUUUCAAGAUUUUGUGAACUUUAUGAAGAGAAGACAGGGAACAGUUGGCAUAACCGAAAGUCUUUUGUGAAACAUCCAAAUCGAUUCUUUCCUCUUGAGAUUGACUAUGGACAGGAUGAAGAAGAAUUGAAGAAACACUCAAUCGCUGCAGGAAGCCAGAGCAAACUACACCUUAGAGUACAGGAACUCAUUAAGAUGAUUUUUGAUGUGGAAUCCAUGAAGAAAGCUAUGGUCGAGUUCGAGAUUGAUUUGAAGAAGAUGCCACUUGGAAAACUGACAAGACGACAAAUCGAACGAGCCUACACUACACUGGGUGAAGCACAAAAGAUCAUAUCAGAAGGUGGCAAUCGAAAUGCUCUGCUCGACGCAUCAAAUCGAUUCUAUACGUUGAUACCUCAUGACUUUGGCAUGAAAAAUCCUCCAAUGCUGGACAACAUGGACCUUAUAAAUUCUAAGGUGAGCAUGUUGGACAACCUUUUGGAAAUUGAAGUGGCUUACAGUCUUCUCAAAAGCGGUGGAGAUGAUGCUAAAGAUCCUAUUGAUGUGAACUACGAGAAAUUGAAGACCAACCUAGAUGUUUUGGAACAUUCGAGCCCAGAGUUUGUGAUGAUUCAAGAAUACGUCAAGAAUACGCAUGCUGCUACUCAUCAACAGUAUGAACUCAACGUUCUUGAUAUCUUUAAAGUUGACCGACACGGAGAAGCAUCACGAUACAAGCCUUUCAAGGAACUUCACAACCGUCAACUGCUCUGGCAUGGAUCUUCUGUCACCAACUAUGCGGGUAUCUUGUCACAGGGGCUUCGUAUUGCACCUCCUGAGGCUCCAGUGACUGGCUACAUGUUUGGUAAAGGUGUCUACUUUGCAGAUAUGGUGUCAAAGUCUGCCAACUACUGCAGAACAACACCAACCAACAAUGUUGGCUUGUUAAUGCUUUGUGAAGUAGCUCUUGGAAAUAUGCAUGAAUUGAAGGCAGCUAACUUCGUCACUAAACCACCCAAAGGAAAACACAGUGUAAAAGGUUUGGGCCGUACAGCACCUGAUUGCAAAGGCCACAACGUUCUAGAAGACGGUACUAUUGUACCAAUGGGGAAAGGUGUGGAGAGUAACGUCAAGGACACUAGCUUGCUAUACAAUGAAUACAUUGUAUAUGACGUAUCUCAAAUCAAUAUCAAGUAUUUACUGAAGUUAGAAUUCAAGUACAAAUAUGGAUGGUAGUCGCGUCAUUUCCCUGUGCAAAGAAAAUGCCUGGUAACAGUCGCAUAUGUGAGGACAAACCAUAGACUUUGACGUGUAUGCAAUUUGUUUUGGUUUCAUUCGUAGGUCAGUCGUCAAUGUCUGCGAAAAAAAUAGCUUUUACAUCAUAAGAGAGGAAAGGUAUUUUUUACAUUCCGGUGUUAGGCAUAAGUUGUGUUUAUGCACACAUGAAAUGCUACAGUAUUGCAUCAGUUGUUUUGUUUCUCUAAUCAGUAGAGUGGUUUUAUCUUACCAGUGAAAAAAUAGUACGCACAAAAGUUAGUAGUAGACUCUAAAACCAUUGUUUUCUUUGUAUGGUGGUUUUGUAUCAACUAGUAGUAACUAAAAUAGUCAUUUUUCUUUCACGGUUUAAUGAAAUAACUCUACCUUUUUAUUGUUACUGUUUAUAUAACCCAUUAAUAGCACUAAGUGCAUUUACGCACACGUUAUUAGGGGACAACCAUAACAUGGUGCACUUUUACCUUUAAGACAUCCCAUGAUGCAUCACGGGAAUGUCUGUCAAUUUCCGGGCAUUAGACCUAUGGUGACCAGUUUGCAUCUACAUGCGAUACCUUACCUCCCCACCCCCCACGAGUUUAGACUUCUAUCUGAGGUCAUAAGUACAUAGUAUUAAAUCGGGCGCCAAAGAGGGGCGUAAGAUCUUAAUGCAUGCAGCGAGACUUCGCUAAAGCUCUUCAAAUCGAGCGUACUUCUUACGCUACAAAAUGUAAACCUUAGAUUUCAAUUCAUGGUUUUAGAUCGUAAUAAAACUCAAAAUAAAUAUCUCGAUAAGCUUCCCCCACUUGGGCAAGUUCUAGACUGUAACGCGAGGUGUCAAUUUGAACCGGAGGCCCCAAGAGCACGAUAAGAGCUAUCUCAAUAGACUAGUAAGUGAUACUCUGUCCCCGUCUGUUGGCAAUCCUUGGUUUGAAUACUUAGUCUAAGACGUAAGUAUUUUACUCGGUAUCAAAGAAGUCAGACAUAGCUUCUAGUGCUCUUGGUGGUGUUUGCAGAGGGAUUACAAACCCAGACGAGACGUCAACAGCAUUUCUGAAACACGACAUCCAAAAUGUUAUCAAGAUUGACCCUUUUCGAAAAUAAACAUGUGAAGUGCAUGC